UCUUUCCCCUCCUCCCUGGUUGACCAAAUACUGCAAGUACUCCACUACUCUUCCAACCAUACGAUGACCACAUCCUUUGGAACCAAUCAACCAACCACCAGUAGUGGAUCAGUCCAGCACUCCAGUCGCUGCUCACACCAGCAAGAAACCAACUUCCCUGCUGCCACUCGCCUCCUUCUCCCAGCUUCCAGUAUAAGACGAGCCACUCGCUCUGCCUUCUCGGCAGUAACACGAGCUCCUCUCCCAUUCCUCCACUUGAUUGCUAAUUAACCGCUCCUUGCCCACUACCCUCACCUGCUUGAUUCAAUCUCUUGCGCCAAGAAGGUGUAAUCAACAAGGCGUGCGCGCACCUCGUCGAGAUCGACAGACGACAGAUCGUGUGCACAGGAAUGGCGGCCAUGGUGGAGGCGGCUCGCGACGCGCCGGCGACGCCGUGGCCGCGCCCGGCGGAGUGCCCGGUCUCGGCGAGGGAGGGGUCCGCCGAAGGGUGGGCGAGGCGGAAGCGCUCCAGGCGCCACCUCCGCCGCGCGGCGCCCACCGAGGAGGAGCACCUCGCCCUCUGCCUCCUCAUGCUGGCGCGCGGCCAGCGCGACGCCCGCGCGCCGGCGCAGCAGCAGGAGCACAGGUGCUCCGUCUGCGGCAAGCCGUUCCCGUCACACCAGGCCCUCGGCGGCCACAAGUCCAGCCACCGCGCCAGGCCGCCGCCGGCGGCAGCCCCGACCCCACCAGUUGCGGCGGUGUCCUCGGCCUCGCCCGCCGCGUCCUCGUCCACGUCCGGCGCUGGCAGUAGCAGCAGGGUGCACGAGUGCUCCGUGUGCAGGAAGACGUUCCCGACGGGGCAGGCGCUGGGCGGCCACAAGCGCUGCCACUACGAGGGCGCCGGCGGCGCCACCACCAUCGUCGCAUCCACCACCCCAGGCUUGAUGAGCUGCCGCGGGUUCGACCUCAACGUACCGGCCCUGCCGGACAUGCUCACCGCGGGCGACCGGUGCAUGCCGGCGGCCGAGGAAGAGGAGGAGGUGCUCAGCCCCUUGGCCUUCAAGAAGCCGAGGCUAAUGAUCCUGGCAUAGGUAGUUAGCUAGUAGUUGGUUACUGCAAGUCGCGAUCUCCUGCUUGAUUGGCUCUGCUGUGUUGGGUUGGGUUGGAUUGGCGUUGCAUGUGGUCUUCUGAUUGCUGUAAGCUUCUGUAUUUAAUUCCGUAGAAUGAUUUUUUUCACUGAUUGCUGUAAGCCUGAUAAGCGUAUGGUAAAGAAUUAGAUGCGGCAUCUA